AUGGAAGUUGUUGGGGCCGUAGCCAGCUGCAUCGCGCUCGCCCAAGGACUGGAGGCGGGUGUGCGGAUGGUGGGCUUCUUCAAGAGUAUUCCCGAGAUCCAACAGGACUACGAGGCUCUACGGAAGGAGAUCAAGUACAUCGGGGAACUGCUUCGGUUUAGCCAGAUAAUCGCCCACCGUGGUCCUGGCGAUGACGACUCACCGCUGAUCAAUGACGCUAUCCAACAGCUCAAAGAAAUAGAGGGCGAACUCACCGAGUUCGCAACGAGCUGUUCCCGUCUAACCAAAGAUCAGCAAGAGAAGGCAAGGAAGCGCAAAUGGGUCCUGCAGCGGGACAAACUCGAAAGGCUUCUCAAAAAGUCGAACAAUGCAAAGGGGGAUCUACGGUUUGCCGUAACAUGCCACCAUGCCAUGACGAUGCAUCUCACAAUUACAUCGAUAGAUCAAAUCGCCUCUGCAUUAGUCCCCCAGUCGACUCCAUCAGAAGCGGGGAGAGUCGAAGAGUUGCCAGAUAUACCGGUUGAAGAAAGCCAGUAUACCGCGAGCCUGGAGAAGGUCGACGACGACAAACCUAGCGCCACAGCACUACAUUCCAAAAUACCGGUGCAAUCGACCAACUCAGGGAAUCGCACUACGCGGCAACCGGCCGAUGCCCCCCUGUCUGUGGAUGCAGGUGUCACUUUAGAACGAGAGAGUACAAGACUCAACCAUGGCUACGUCCUUUUCUAG